AUGCUGAGUUCUGCUGCGUCAGCCUCGUCGUUGGGCGCCGUUGAGGGUCGGGGCACCCCGCGGUGGGACACAGGCCCGGCGGGGGCCACGGCAGCGCCGCUGUUUGAGCCCAACGCGCCCGAAAGGGACGCCGGCGCGCCCUUCGGUUUCUACGACGGUGCGGAGCGCGCAGACGGUGCGACCGCUGCCGUCUUCUCGUCCGUUGCCGCCGAUUCGAUGUCAGACACACGUGUCCUGCGUCAAGACGCGUUCAACAGCUUUGCAAGAGUGCGUCAGUUGCACCCUGCGUUCACGCAUUCACCAUUUCCGUCCGCUGCGGAUCCCUGCGUGGCGGCCGACACCGGAGUCAGCGGAGUUCGGGGAGAGGAAAUGCCAGCCGUGGUUUCCUCUCCGUGUGCCUCUUCCACGCCGUCUGCGCAGCCAUUCGCGCACGCGUCAUGCAAGGCAGAGCGCGAAGAACGGUUGAAAUCUGCUGGUGCCACUUGUCCAUGUAUCCCGCCGGAGCUCACAGCCUCUCUUCCCGAUUGCUCAGCGCCGCAGACAGCCGCUUCAGGUACUGCGGGUGGCGGGAUGUCUGUGUCCUCUCCUCUUGUUGCUCUUCCAUCGCCUGAUAGCGAUGCGCUGUCAUUCUCUGUGUCUGCUACAAGGCCGACUUUUGCAGAGACUCCCGCGGAGAUGCAACCGUCAGACGAUUCCGCGGUUCGUCCGGCUCCCCUGGAGCAUCCGCUUCCUUCCUCAUUGCAGGUCGACGCUGCGGUCUUGGCUUCGUGCGCGUCUCUCCCCCCUGGUAGAUCUCCUGCCGGCGUAGUCGCUGAGGGGUCGACCUCCGGGGAGACGAAUGGAGCCGGUGGGCUGGCUUCUGGGCGGACGUCGCCACGCGCCUCGCCGCCCCAGACACCUGUCCUCGCCACGCCUUCGUCGCCGGCUGCGUCGGCUGUGCCCCCGAACUGCUGUCUGCGUUGCUUGCAGGAGUAUUUUCUUUCUUCGCCGUCAUUCGCAUGCGUCCAUCCGCGGAGUUCGGACUCCCGGGUCCAUACGGCCCGCGUCAAGUGCUUUGCGAUGCUCGAGGCCCUCAAGCGCCACGCACCGGCGUGGGCUGAGGACGAAGUCGUUCCGACGGCCUACCACGGGCUCAUGACGCCGUACGCGUACCACACGGCGCGGGUCUUCUGCUGUCCGCCGGCGGAUCUCUCAGCAUAUAACGAGAUCUUUGGGCGCUGGCUCGCGAAAAUCGCGUUCCUUAUGUCCACAGAGCGGCUCUCGUGCAGCGCAGAAUCGGCUGCAGUUAGCCCAGGGCACCGGAAAGGAGACGACGAGGCACCCGCAGAAACCUGCAGUGCGGACGCGCGUACGCCUGCUUGCCAGAGUCCCGCCACUGCCUCCUUGGCACAGGUGCCCCCUAGAGGAGAAGAGACGGUGGAGGCGGAGACAGCAGAGGACGGCGCACGAAGCGCCGCCCCGCCUCCUCGCCUCCCGCAGGACAAGACGGAGGGCGCUUCGCAGUCUCCAAGAGGCGAGGGAACUGCGGCGAAGCGAGCCAGAGACGACGCCAGUCAGAGUCCGCUGGAGGGCGAGCGCCACCCUCGCAAAGCCCCCGAGCCGGCCGCAGCGGGGGACGCCUCACUCAAGGGCUCGCCAGGAAGCUUGCAACCGGACGAAGGACGCCCAGAGGGCGCGACCCCACGCGUCGCAGCCGGACAGACAAAAGCGAGUCAGGACGCCUCUGAGCUCUGCGCAGAGCUGGCACGCCGCCUCGAUGCGGCAGAACUGCCCUCCGUUUUCGACGGACACCUGCUUUGGCCAGAAGCAGGGGGGACGGGAGGGGCCGGAGGCGUGGACGGCGACUGCGCGCCGGCGGCCGAGUGGAAAGGGGAAGGCGAGGGUGCGCAGGCCGGCGCGGGGGCGUGUGCGCAGCAGUCGCUCCGUGAGAGAGCCAUGGACGGGAGCGACGAGGACGGAACUGACGAAGCGCCUGGGGGGGGAUGGAAUCUCUCUCAUUUUCAGAGGAACGAAGUUCGUUCGAGGCUUCUGCGCUUCGUCCGCCUUCAGUCAAAGAAGCGGCGGCCGCAGCCCGCGGUCGUGCGCCUCCAGAAGAUUCACAGCGCCCUCGUGGCGUUUCUUCGGCGCUACGAGGACGCCGGGAGCCACGCCGCGUGCGGCGCGUCCGUCUGCUCGCUGGAUCGCUGCGGAGGCGUCGGUGACGCAUUUUUGGGAGAAGACUGCGAGGGCGAGAAGAGGUGGGCUUUCGAGGCGCAGGAGGGGCGGUGGAGGCGUUCGAAGGAGGGCGCCUGGCGCGGCUCGGCGAGUGGCCUCACCCCUGCGGGCGCUAGGAGCGUCUCUCUGUUUUCCUCGGAUUCGCGUUACCUGCAGUUCUCGUCCCUGCGCCCAGGGAUCUUGCGGACGUUCCUGCAGACCAGCAGGCUCAAGUUCAUCCGGCGCCAGGAGGUGAACUUUGCCGGCGCAGCCGGGCAUCCCCUGAGCCUGGACAGCAGUUUCUUGUCGGGGGGCGGCGAAGGCCUUGGAGAGGGCCUAGGAGGCCACACCAGGUUUGCCUUAGGGGACGCCGAGGGCGAGGACGGGCUCCUGCGCUGGUACCAGGCCGUAAGAGGCCGCGGCACGCGAGAGGACGCGUGGAGAAGCGACAGCGGCGAGCCGAAGAAGAAACGGGCGCGCCUCGAUCUCGCGCGAGUGCUGCUCGAAGAAGAGGAAACUACGGCUGAGUCCGAGGGCGGCAGUCUCCGGGAAGUGCGCGGCGACGCAGAAGGCGCAGCCAAUGGAUACAGCGAGCGCGGGGGGGCAGGAUGCGGAUUUCGGACUGAGAAAAAGAGCCCAGCGAAAAGGAAGUACCACAUCGCUUGCUUGGACUACAGCGAGGUUUGGGCGAACAGGAUCGACGAUCUUCUUGACGCCCUAGAUGAACUCAGGGACCAAGUCGAGACGGCGCAUUCUGCAGCAGGCUCGUCUUCCCGAGGGCGGUCGCUGGUCCGGUCCCUGGAGCAUUACGCGCUGGACGCCUUCGCCAUGUCCCGUCGCAGCUUUUUCUGUCCCCUGUAUCGCUCCAGCUCGGCGGCGGAUUCGAUCGUUCGCCUGCAUCUGCCGGCGCCGGGGGUGCGCCGGUUGUCAGUUGACGUCUUCCCCCCGUCUCCUGCGCGAGGCGCAGGCUGUGCGGUCGACGGCGGUGUGGGCGCGGCAGGUGUCUCUGGCUCUCUCCUCGAUGUUGCAUGCGCCAGUCCGCAGGACGCAGAUGCGUGUUCGCCGUCCCUCGCGUCGCGAAUCUCGCCAACAGACAUCUCGCGGGCCUCGGGCCUGCUGGAGAGGCAGCAACUACACUUCCCGUUUUCAGCUCCGGAUCUGCGGCCGCCGCAAGCGAGUGCGGCGAGAGCGGCCUCCCCGCGGACACAAGUCCCCUCGCGCUGUCGUGUGGCGGCUGUCGGCGGCUCCAGUCGCCGGUCGGGCAACUUCUUGGGCAAGCGCGCGCCGGCGCCCAGUGAAGGUUCGCCUGCGGGCGACCUUGCGUCUGCUCUCCUUUUCGCGGAUCAGGCAGGGAGCGGGCCGCUGCCUAAAAAGCUCCGCCGCGUCUUCGUCAGGCACGCGUUUGGCGUCGAGCGCGCACUGCCGCGGGAGGAAGCGAGAGACGCCCGCGCCGCUCGAGUCGGCGUGCGAAGCAGGGACGAGACGCAUGCGAGCGGUGGCACCCUGACCCUGUCGUCGCCAGGGCCUGCUAACGCGCCAGAGAAGCCAGCUGGGUACGAUGAGACUUGGUCGAAGUCUGCGGAGAAAGCAGAUGGAGAUCCCGCCGCGCAUGCCGGCGAGAACGGUCUCGCCGCGCGCUUCUCGUCACCCUCCGGCGUGCGAGGCCCGUCCGCCGUCACGCGGUCAUGCGCCUUGCGUUCUUCGCGGCGCUUCGCAGCACGAGCCGCGAGUGCGGGCGGCGCCAGCACGCCAGUUGAAAGAGGCGGCGGGGAAGGAGGCGACAAACGGAUUUCCCUUCGCAGCGCAGAAGCCUCCAGACACACGCCCUCGACGACGUCGGCGUCUCCCCCCGCCGGAGGCAGAGAGGAGAGGCGAGGCGUCGAGCACCCUGCAGAGCUUUCCAAGCCUCACUUGGCAGGGGGAACGAAGGAUCAAGGACAAGGCAGUGCGGAGGAGGAGGAGGAGGCAAGAAAAGCUUCAGACGGGGUAUGCUCAGCGGAAAGCGGCGACGCGAGGCCCGACUACUGGGAGAAUGUCAAGGAAGGCACAGCGUGCGGCGGCGACGGGCAAGCCACUGCGGGAACGGACUCAGCAGAGCACCGCGACGCGACACACCGGCCAGAAACGCCGCCGCAGGCGAUGCGAGCCGCCGGCGCCGAUUCACGGUCAACAUCGUGUCUCGCACAGAAGCGAGACAUGGAGCAGUGUAGCCGAGGGAGCGGAGAGGAGGGCAGAGGCAGCGCCGGGGGGAAGGCCAGCCACUGCUCUGGGGGGAGACUCGCGGUCGUGCCGAGCGAGCAAGUCAAGCGAGGCGAUCCCGACGCAGCACGGCCUGGAGACGUGACGACGGAGGCAGCUGCAUCGUAG